AUCGAUAAAACAGCUGACACUUUUCUUUAAUUCAUUUUUUAUAAUUCGGUAAUUGCCCGUAUCGGCACGUUAAAUUAUACAUUAAAACUACUAAAACCAUUACAACAUGAAUGAAGCGGACAGUUUUGCAGAAAUAUUCAGAGGAGGGCUUCCUCACUGCCUGCUCAUAGUUUUAUCUAUGUUGUUAAUUUGCUCACCGGUAAUGCCCAGCGAAUUCGAGGUUAUUUCCAUGUCCAAAUUUGAUCUAAAUGGGCAACAUUUUGGUAGCCGCGUUUCCUCAAUUUCCCUUGAGGCAAGAUCCCUGUAUUCAUGGAAUACAUCUAGGCACUGCGUCCUAACUCGCUUAACCGACCUUUCCAUUCACGACUUUGACAAGCUACGGCAAAAUGCGGGGGGCAUUAUUCUUAUGUUGCCUUCCAAUAUGCUUGACCUGGAUGUUGAAGCCAGAGAACUUAUAACCAUCUUGGAGCAGUCAAUGCUCACAUAUACGGCUGUUGCGCCCAUCUUUUUCGCUCCCUACAAUAAGGAUUUGGAGAAAAUCAUCGAUGAUAUUACGUACACGACCACGGAUAAUGUGGCACAGAAUCAGACGGCGCUCAGCCAAUUGAUUGUGACGGUGUCGGCCAAUCGAUACCAUGUCAAUGUCGGCGGCGGCAGUAUUGUGGCCAACAAGAACAGCAAAGUUCCCAUUAUUCACGGUGAACUAAUACCAAAUCAGUUGGCGCUGAAGCCCAGCGAAACUGUGGGCGAUGGCCAAAAGCUACCCGUCAUUCUUAUAACUGCCAACUUGAAAACUUUUGGCAUAUUCAAUGACUAUCCAGUGAAUGCCGAUGCUGCCGUUUUGCUUGUACUCAUGGAGCUUUUCAGUAAGAUGCAUCAUACGACCAGUAUGGCACCCAAGUAUCGUCUUCGAUUCCUGCUCUCCGAUGCCGGCGUUUUACUUAACUUCCAAGGCUCCAAGAAAUGGCUUGAAACCGACGAAAAUGCGCUCCAGAAUGUCGAAUUUGUGCUUUGCUUGGAUACCAUCACCGAGAGCUUGGGUCUCAACGCAGACAAUGCACUCUACAUGCACGUCUCGAAGCCACCAAAGGAGAAAACCUCCAUUAGCAACUUCUUUAAGCUCCUGAAGGCAGCCGCUGAGAAGUAUUCGAAUGGCCUAACGGUUGAGGGCGUUCACAAGAAGAUUAAUUUAGCAGACACGAAGUUGGCGUGGGAGCAUGAACGUUUUAGCAUUAAGCGUUACCCUUCCUUCACGCUGUCGUCAGUGAAGAGUCCAAGGAGCCCCAUCCGAACCACCAUAUUUAAAAACGAUGAUAGAGUCUUUGUGGAGCACACUCUAAACACAUCGCGAGUUAUAGCGGAAGCUCUGGCCAGCUACAUGUACAAAGUAGAUCCAGUUUCCAGUGUUUUCGAUGGGCAAUUGGCCAUCAAGGAGGAGAAUCUGUUGCCAUAUUUUGGAGUCAAGUCCAUACUGCAUAAUAACGAUGUUAAGGAUGCUUUCGAGAAAUACCUUAACAAUGUUAAGAUAAUAUACGAUAAGCCCGACGGUCGAGAUCCGGAGUUUAUGUUCUACAAUGAGAACGACGUUAAGCUGAAUGUUUACCGAGUUAAGCCAGCGAUCUUUGAUCUCUUCCUAACCUUUGUAAUUGGCUCCUAUCUGGCAGCCGUAUUCCUUGCAAUCCAAUACUUUCCCCGAUUUUACGAUGAAGUAUCCAAGCUAACAAAAGAAGAGCCCGCGGGACAGCAAAACGGACACUCUUCUGAGCGACUGAGGAUGAAGUCGCACUAGUGUGAGAUGUAAUAAUAAUGGUGUAAUGGCAAAUAGGAAAAUUAGUGUCCAAAACUCGUCUUUUUCAACAAACUUUACAAAUGCUAAAUAAAACAAUUGUUACUUUAAAGAUAA